AUGACGACCCAGCGCGACGACUCGACGUUUGCUGUCAAGCUUACCGUGUCGCAAUACCUCGAGUUACAAAAAGGGCCAGUUAACCACUUUGCAAGUGCAGCGGCCGGCACGGACGUUUACCGGUCCGAGCGGUACACCCAGCUCCUUAACGAACGUUUGUCUCUCCCGGCCUCCCAACGCGAGCCCCUCCAGCACUUUAUCAAUUCAGUGCAUGCCCACACUGCGGUCAUUGUGUCCCUUGCCAACUGGUGCUGGCAAAACUACACAAACUCACGUCGUAGGCUCACCCAGGUGCUAAUGUGGAUGCUCUGGGUUAACGGCAAUGAUGGCAAGGUCUGCAUCACCAAGCCCUCCCUUCUCGCCGCCGACAGCACUGCCGAGCGACUGGCAGACGAGCUGGAUGUCAAGGUGGGCGCAGAGGUCGUCGGCAUCAUGCGCCCUGGACGCAUUAUGAUGCCCAAGGUCCCGUGCCCGUGCCGGCUUGUCGUCGUUACAGACGGCCUCCUCCUGCGGCUCAUCCUCGACCCCAAGUUCAUGGAGAGCCUCAAGAUCAUUGUCCUUGACGAGGUUCACGAGCGCACGGUCAACCUCGACUUGCUGGUGGCACUGCUUCCUUUCGUCCUCCGCCGCCGCCCCGAUGUCCGUGUGGUCGUCAUGUCCGCCACCGCCAACAUUGAAGCCUUCCGCAGCUACCUCGCGGACAAGUGCUCGCUCCCAACUGGGAUCGUUAAGCUCGAUGGCGCCCCCAAGGACAUUGUCCGCAUCUACAUCGACAAGCCGGUCCAGUUCUACGACGUCUGGGUCGUCAAGAUGCUGUAUAAGCUUCUUGGCGACCCCGGACUCGGCGACGUCCUCGUCUUCUGCCCUGGUGUACCCGAGAUCCGCCAAGUUCAUGAACGUCUUAGGACCAUGGCCCAUGACAGGCCUGACCGUUGCCGCUUCCUGGACGUCGUUGAACUUUACCGCGACUCGCCCGACAUGCUCGCCAACACCCUCCAGAAGAUGAAGCACGUCGACAUGGACGGCUACCGCUACUCCGUGCGCAGGGUUAUCCUGUGUACCAACAUUGCCGAGACGUCGUUGACUUUCGAUGACCUCACCCAUGUCAUCGAAUGUGGCUACUACAAGCGUCCACUGUUUUCUGCUGUCACUGGCACCUACAUGACCGAGACGCUCAAAUGCGAUCAGGCUCAGAUCUUACAGCGAGUUGGUCGCGUGGGACGCAAGACGAGGGGCAUCGUCCUGCAUGCCUACACCGAGGAUGAGUGCCGCGACAGGCCAGCUCACGCCGAGGUCGACACCAUCACCCGUGUAGACUUUGACGCGCCAUUGUUCACGGUCCUCACCCACCCCCUCGUGCGCAACGACAACGUUGGCAUUGAGCAGCUCCAAUGGAUCACCUCGCCCUUGCACCGCCAGGUAUCCCUUUCACUGGUCAACCUCCGUGCCCUCCGCCUCAUUGACUUGGAGUCCCUGCAGCCCACUGAAGAGGGAUUUCAGGCAUUUGAGCUGAAGCUCGAGCCGGCCAUUACACGCAUGUUCCUCGACGCCGAGGCUAAGCCCGACCAUGCGUGGGAGAUACUCCUCCUCGCUGCCAUCUUGCAGAACAGCGAGGGUAUCAAGGACAUGUCGGAAACGCCGUACACGCGUCAGGAGCAGGUUCUCCUGCCUCUGCAGCACAAGCUUGGCGACCACCUGUCACUUCUCAACAUUGUUGCAAGGUGGCUGCAGUCCCGCGCCUGCGCGCGCGAAUCCGAGUUCACGCGCAAGUACGGCCUGCGCAUGAGGGCGAUGUUGGCGAUUGAGCGACGUUUCACCGAUCUCAGGGACCUCUGGAGGGCUCGCGGCCAUGGCCAACUCGUCACACAUGACCUCCUCGACACCAGGCCGCCUAGGGAUGUUGUCCUCCUUUCGACCAUCGUGCGCGCAUUCCCGUUCAAUGUUGCGUGGCGCUCAGGGGAGGACAAGUACCGCGACGUCAACUUUGAGCGCGAUCACCACUUGGCACAUGACUUCGUCAAGGGUCGUGAAACAUUCCUGGACCGAGACUCGUACCCCCCGUAUAUUCUGUACGGACGACUCCGCUGCAGGGCCAAGGCAAAUGGCGAGCAGGACACGCAGACGAACCAGAUGGAGAUCAUGAGCAUCAUCCCAAGGGAGGUCCUCGAAUACGUGCUUCCCAGCGGCACCGACGUGCGCCACCGCAUCCCCUGGGCGGUGCCAUUCACCCAGUGA